CCCAGCACUCCCGCCGCCCAGGCACACGUAUGACGAACGCCUGAAACUAUCGUACAGCGUUGCGUGGAGCUCCCCGCCCUUCGAUCAGGUCCCGUCUGCCGACCAACAAUUCACCACCCGUAUCCCGUCACCAGUUGUGCCUUUACCCCGAGUCCGAGGACCUGGCGUGACCUUGUAGAUUUUGCGCAACAAGAAGCUUUAUUCAUAGAUACCGCCCUACUUCCGACGCCUACGACACAUUUUAAAUUCAGAUUCCGGAUUAUACUCGCCGAACGACAGGAACAGACCAGAUCCGUCGGACCCUUUAACAGCCCAGACGUCACCUUUUUUUCAGCCCGCCCACGAUGUUGUUGAGGGUACGCGGUCCCGAUGGCAUGCUCCGCCUGACAUUGGAGAAAGAUGACACCUUUGCGGAUCUUGGCCGUCAACUCAUUCCCAAGCUUCCCCCGACUGUUGACCCGAAAACAAUUACAUUCUCGAACCAUCCGACCGGCAGCGACGCCAAGAAUCUCAGCGAGGUCGCAAAGUUCAAGGUCGGCCAGACUGGGCUCAGCCAUGGCGAUCUUAUUUUUGUCACCUACAAGCACAACGAUGCGGCGACCGACGGCCCAGGCAACGGCGAAGCCACCAAAUCCAGCGUGCUUUCAUCCACGAACCGCCUCAACGGCAAACCGAUCCUACCUGCAGAAGACUUGCCCAUCGACCCGCCUCCGCUGACAUCUCCGCAUGAACAUAUCAAGAACCCGUGGGAAACGGUGAGGCAGUCGCCUCUGGACGAUCGGCUAGACAAGCGUGACGGAAAGAUCCCAAGGGGGCGCGAUCAUAAGAUGUGUCGCCACGGGCCCAAGGGUAUGUGCGAUUACUGCAUGCCCCUUGAUCCGUUUAACGCAAAGUAUCUCGAGGAAAAGAAAAUCAAGUACAUGUCAGUACACGCAUACCUCCGCAAAAUCAACUCUGCGACAAACAAGCCCGAGCUUGGGGCUUCGUUUAUCCCCCCGCUUGUCGAACCCUAUUACAGAGUCAAGCGGGACUGUCCAUCCGGCCAUCCUCAAUGGCCCGAAGGUAUCUGCACAAAAUGCCAGCCCAGCGCCAUCACUCUCCAGCCCCAGCCAUUCAGAAUGGUGGACCACGUCGAGUUCGCGACGCCCCAGAUCAUCGACAAGUUCCUCAAUCCCUGGCGUAUGACGGGAUGUCAACGGCUUGGUAUCCUCUACGGCAAAUAUCUCGAAUACGAUGUUGUUCCGCUUGGCGUCAAGGCUGUCGUGGAAGCCAUCUACGAACCACCGCAGGUUGACGAGAUCGACGGUGUUACUCUCAACGCGUGGGAAAACGAGAAGGAUGUCAACGAAGUAGCAAGACUAUGCGGACUGGAGCCUGUGGGUGUGAUCUGGACGGAUCUCCUGGACGCUGGCAAGGGUGACGGAAGUGCCAUCUGCAAGAGACACAGCGAUUCCUACUUCCUCGCGGCUCAGGAGAUCUGCUUUGCGGCGAGGCUCCAGGCACAGCACCCAAAGCCUACCAAGUGGAGCGAUACAGGCCGGUUCGGCUCCAACUUUGUCACUUGCGUCAUCUCUGGCAAUGAGCAGGGCGAGAUUUCGAUCUCGGCCUAUCAGAUGUCGAACGAUGCGGUCGAGAUGGUCAGGGCAGACAUCAUCGAACCUUCCACGGACCCCGGUCAAAUGUUGGUGCGCGAAGAGGAGGAGGACGAUGGCUCAGUCAGCAGGACGCGAUACAUCCCCGAGGUGUUCUAUCGCAAGAUCAACGAGUACGGAGCAAAUGUCCAAGAGAAUGCAAAGCCCGCAUUUCCCGUCGAGUAUCUCUUCGUCACCUUGACCCAUGGUUUCCCUGAAAGUCCCCGGCCGGUAUUCACGAAUGACGGCUUCCCUAUCGCCAAUCGCGAAUUUGUCGGAGAAGCCCAGGAAGCCUCAUCAGUAGCAAAGAUUCUUAAGGUGAACCAAAAGUCCGACCAAUUCGACGUUAGCAACUUCCACUUGCUCUGCUUUAUCCGGCAGAUGAGCGUGCUGUCCAAGGAUGAGGAGGCACUCCUUUGCCGCGUAGCAACACAACAUGACCUUGCCGACGCCUUCCAACUCCGGGCGACAGAGGGGUGGAGGACCCUGCACAUGAUCUUGGAAUCCACUGCCACCACCCAUUGAUGCAAAGGAAUCACAACUCGACGGAUGAACCACUUGCUAAGCGUUUUGCUGCUGUCAGGCUGAACGAACAACGCCCGCCACCGCCUCCACCUCCCGAAUAGGAUUCGAUGGACGUGGACUGAGGAUACGCAUGGCUUAAUAAUGUCACCAUCAACUCUGAUCACAAGGCACGGAGCUGAGGGAUCAGGUCCUUCAACAAAAGGCAACACAGGGUUUGGAGCUUCAUCUGCGGCGAAACUUUCAUUCUGGACCGACCUCGGCGAAACACAUUGAGAACAUACAAUGGACGCAUUGGCGUUGACUUUUGCUGCUUUGAUGGAAAAUAGACAUGAACUGGGCAUCAAAUAAGACGAAAGGGGUUGAGUAAUGGAAAAGAUAUCCUAGUCUAACAGUGCUGAAGAUACUGCUCAUGUCGCAUUGUGGCUCAUGAACAUAGUUUCUGUAUCAAUAUGUCAUCUACAAUUGAGGCGCCAGUGGUUUAGUGGUAAAAUCCAUCGUUGCCAUCGAUGGGCCCCGCGUUCGAUUCGCGGCUGGCGCAUAUUGUUUUUCUUUUGCACCCAUUGCCA